AUGGCGGCCGAGGCGGCGGCCGCAGACGGCCCGGGGCGGCCGGGGGCCCCCGCGGCCCCCGCGCGGGUGUUCGAGCACGCGUCGGCGGCCCAGGCCAUCGUCGCUGCCACUCGGCAGCAGGGCAACCCCAUCCUGAGCCACGUGCGCGCCACCCGCGUGGAGUUCCUGGAGGGGCUGGUGCCGGACUACCUCGCUGGGCCGGGCAUCGCCGUGCUUUUUAUCAGCCUGCGCUUCCAGCGGCUGCACCCGGACUACCUGAAGCGGCGGGCAGAGGCGCUCGAGGGGCGACAUCGGGUCCGCGUGCUGCUCUGCCGGGUAGACCUGGAGCAGCCGGAGGAGCCGCUGGAGCAGGUGACGCUGCUGGCCUUCCACGGGGAGCUCACGCUGCUGCUGGCAUUCUCGGACCUCGAGGCCGCCGCGUACCUGGAAACGCUGCACCGGUACCAGAACAAGAGCGCCAGCGCCAUCGUCAAGAGACUGACGGAGGGAGACCACCGCACGCGCCUGGUGGAGGUGCUCACCUCGGCGAAGUGCGUCAACAGGACGGAUGCGGCUUCGCUGGCGGCACGCUUCGGGUCGUUCGCGGGCAUCGCGAGGGCCACCGAGGAGGAACUGCAGGGCUGCCCGGGCAUCGGGGACAAGAAGUUGCGGCAGCUGCGGCACGCGCUCCACGCCCCCUUCUUCCCCUCCUGA